CGCUCAGGUGUCAUUUGGACGAGAAUUGAACGGGGAAUCUUUUGGUAGUAGAAUCAGUUCGACUCAGUGUAAGGAAGAGGAGAAAGAUUUAAAUUACUAACAGCGCAGUUAUUUAUGGCGCACCUGUUACAUGCGCUUCUGGUUUUCUAGUUUGAAAAUCGAAACUGAUUUUCCACAACAUCAAUUCUGAAAUUCUACAAAAUAGAAGAUUAUUUGCUGGAAAAUCAAAUUCGAGAAAAUGUGAUUUUCUAAAAAUUAGAAAAUCAACAGUAUAUGUGGAUUCUUCGAAAAUUGCCUGUUUUUCUGUAACUUAUUUACAGUGUAGAUUCAGACACAACAUAUAGAUUUGAUAUAUUUUAGUAAUCGAAUUACUCGUGAUGGUGCUAUUCACAUUGCUCCAAUGCUUGAAAAAUGUGGUUUGUUACGAUUAAAUUUAGCUUUCAACCGCCUCGAAGACGAAGGUGCCGGUCAUCUAGCUCAAGCUUUACUUCAAUCUUAUUCAAAACUAAGAAGUUUGGAUAUUCGCUCGAAUAAUAUCAAAGGUGAUGGUUUAUGUAGUAUUGCUGAUGCAAUCAAAUUUAAUUCUGCUUUAACCGAAUUGUUUGUUUGGGGAAACAUCAUGGAGGAACGUGCUUGUCUGGCAUUUGAAAAUUUAUUGCAUAUACAACGAUUUGAAACAAACCAAAUAGACGUUGUGCCAUAUAAAGUGGACGGUGUUACGUAUUUGAGUCAAUUACCGAAUACCUUAUUAAAAUAUUCCUAUUGGACACAAGUGGAACCAAUUAUGGAACACUCCUAG